AGAAAGAGAGGCCGACGAAGACACGAAAGUUCGUGUGUUUUCUACGUUUGGUGAGAGAAGUCCGUAGAGGAAGCAGACAACAGAAGCUUCACAAGAGAUAGACAAGAGAGUGGUGAGAAGGCGAAGAAAAGCUGGCAAACAACUGGUGGGAGAGAUUGGAUGUGUUGGCGAUGGCCGGAACGGAAUCCGGGGGCAGAAGCGCCGGCACCGGAGGUUUCUCUCGCUACCUCCGCCCACCGCCACCUUCCGCGCACUUGCAACCGGAAAAAUCGAAGCCCUCCCCGGAGAAAAGCACCAAGCUUUCCCCCAACCACGGCGGCGACCAACAGGCCGCUACGUCGGCCGCGGCAGGUUCCUCUGUAGGCCCCGUUCGUCGCCCACGCGGGCGUCCCCCUGGCUCCAAGAACAAGCCGAAACCCCCCAUCGUCGUCACGCGCGACAGCCCCAACGCGCUCCGCUCCCACGUGAUCGAGGUCGCCAACGGAGCCGACGUGGUUGAGUGCGUCACCGAGUACGCGCGGCGGCGCGUUCGUGGAGUGAGCGUCCUGAGUGGCGGCGGGGCCAUCGCCAACGUCGCACUCCGCCAGCCUGGGGCGUCGCCUCCUGGCAGCGUGGUGGCGACGCUGAGAGGGCGGUUCGAGAUCCUGUCACUCACGGGAACUGUUCUGCCGCCGCCAGCACCGCCCGGCGCCGGCAGUCUGACCGUAUUUUUAGCCGGUGGUAAUCAGGGGCAAGUCGUGGGGGGUAGCGUCGUGGGGCCGCUGGUGGCAGCCGGGCCGGUGGUGCUGACGGCGGCGUGCUUCUCGAACGCGGUGUACGAGCGGCUGCCUUUGGAGGAGUGCGAGAAAGCUGCUGCUGCGGCCGAGCAGGGUCAGCAACCGGUGGUGUUGCAGUCCUCCGGCGCUACCGGUGCCGGCGGCGAGCGUGGCGGAAGUGACGGUGUGCCGUUCUACAACUUGGGAGGAAGUUAUCCGUUUGCAGGCGAUGCUAUUGGAGGGUUCAGGCCACCAUUCUGAUUACUGCUGACUGAUCACAUCCAAUGCCACUAAAGAAGAAGAAGCCGAUGACGAUGAGAAUUAAGGAGAAAGAAAUCAUUUAGAUGUCAUGAUGAAAUAAGAAGUCAUUGAGUUGCUUUUUCUUGUUUUGUUAUGCUGGUUUUGAUCUCGGCUGCUAGUAGACAUCAAAUUAAUGUGCCAUUGUUCUUAUGA